ACACACCUAAUACAAUUGCUUAGAGUUUUCUCCAAUUUGAUUCCUCCAAGCAAUCAGCAAAAUGCGUGUUACAGUAUCGCGAUUGGCUGCCUUUACGCCGAAGUUGAAGGAACUUCGCAUCAUAUUAGACCCAGCCAGCGAAGCCUCCAAGGGCGCCCGGGAAUUCGUGCAGAAGUUCUAUCCCAAUCUAAAGAAGGAUAAUCCCAACCUCCCCAUCUUGAUUCGCGAGUGCUCUGGUGUACAACCGAGGCUGUGGGCACGCUAUGCCAAAGGCAAGGAGGUAUCUGUUUCUUUGACGAACCAACCUGCGCCCGACAUACAGAAACAAUUGGAUGCGGUUGGCAAGUAGGCUUUAUGUUAUGGAACCAAAUGAAGGAACUAUUAAAGAACACACAACCGAAGAUACUGCUAAAAAAUAA